AUGGAGGCGGAACCGUUGGAUACAGAAACGGAGGACGAAAAAAAGUGGAGACAAGAACGUAUGCGAGUUUUGGACGAAUGGUGUGAGAUCGAACUGAAAGGUGCAGAUGCUCUAAAAACGGAUGUAACACAUGAACCAGGAUCUCCAACGGCUGCAGUGGCAUCCGAGACCACAUUUCCAGAGCUCUAUCGUCUCCUCGUUGCCACAACGCCUGGAACAAUACCUCGUGAAACACCAGAAGAAUUCGCGAAAGAAAUAAUAGAAAGCAGAACUUCAGAAGCGCCAGACAACCGUUCAGCUUUCGAUAGAAUAAUCGAUGUUUGUCUGUGUCGACCUGUAAAAGCUCAGAUUAGUCCGACAGUCUACACGGACAAAAUGUUGAUUCUGAAACUUGCUGAAACACCAUACAGCCAUGAAAACGGAACUCAUUGGCUCAUUCUCACUGAUUAUUUUAAUAAUGUCUCCAAGGCAUUGAUGACGUCUUCUGAAUAUACAACUGUUGCAAACCCAGGAAGAGUUGGUGCUCAUUGGGUUACUGUAGGAUUCCAAUCAGCCACUCCACAUACAGAUUUUCGAGGUUGUGGAGUGCUCGGAUUGCUCCAAAUGCUAACUUUCACCCAGAAAGUUCCAGCGAAUAUCCUCAAAGCAAUAGUUCUCUUAGCAACGACUGAACCCAAUGAUUUUCCAUUGGCAGUUGUCUCGAUUAAUAUUACAAGUUUGUUAUUAACGCUUCUCAAGAAAGGAGCAUUUGAUAACUAUGGAAACGAAAACGAAGGACUCUAUCCAUUUUUCUCUGCUCUUCACGCCGCUUCCAUGUCUCGAUUUUGCUCUAUUUACAAAUCUCAAAACAGCACUUUGGCUGAUACUCAAACAAUAUUCAGUGAAAUAACUCGACAACUCGAAAAAUCUCCGUUAUCUCUCUUAAACCUACUGAGUACAUCCAACGACGAGCUCAUCAACACCCUCCUGUGA